AUGGAAACACGCGGUCAGUCCCAUAUAUUCGACAUCAAUAAAUUCUUCUGGAAAAUUUUCGGGAUAUGGCCUGGAGAGAUUCCAAAGCAAUAUUACAAAUACUAUUCGUUCCUGUACAUCUCAAUAACGACGGUUAUGUACAAUGGUUUGCUAACCUUAAAUUUAUUUUACACGCCCCGAACCCUUGAAGGGAUGAUUGGAGAGGUCAUAUUCUUUUUUACUGAAGUGGCAGUGGUCGCGAAAAUAGUGAUGGUCCUUGUACUGAGAGAAAAGAUUAUUUCGAUACUGAAAUUAAUCGAUUGUGCUGAAUUUGAAGCGUGGGAUGCGACGGGAAAAGACAUUUUGGAUAAAAUGUCAUCGAUUUAUAAGACCUGCUGGAGAGCCUGCGCUGCUGUAUCAAACAUAUCAUAUUUCUUCUUUAUUAUUUUACCGAUUUUAUCACACUUCAUUUGGAAGGCUGACAUUGAGUUGCCUAUAUGCAAGUAUUAUUUUCUUAGCGAUGAAAUUAAGCAAAGAUACUUUAUGUUAUGGUUUGUUUAUCAAGCUAUUGGGAUAUACGCCCAUAUGUCAUAUAACAUAAAUAUCGAUUCCUUUAUAUCGGGUUUGAUGUUUGUGGCGAUACGACAGCUGAAAUUGCUUAGUCACAACUUUUCGCAGAUACAAUCCAGAAAUAAUUCUGUCCUAACUGACUCCAAGUCAGAUUUGGUAACGUUGCAUAAAUUACUAAAGCAUUAUGAUAUUAUUAUAAAAUAUUGCUACGAUAUUCAAGACAUCAUAAGUUUGGUCAUGUUCAUACAGUUUUGUAUGGCAUCGGCAGUUAUAUGCGUGACCAUGUUUGGAUUGAUAACAGUAUCUUCACACGAAAUAUUCUAUGGAAUGCUAUCAUACUUAUCAGUGAUGACGUCACAGAUUUUCGUCCCAUGCUAUUUGGGAACACACUUGGAUUAUGAGAGCCAAAAUUUAAUGAUUGCUGCAUACAACUGCAAUUGGGUGCCCCAGUCUGAACCGUUCAAGCGCAGUCUUCGCCUCUUCAUAUCGAGAGCCAACAUUCCUAUUGUCAUCCAGGGUCUUAAGAUAUUCCCACUGUCGUUGAAAACCUUUAUUGGAAUAAUGAAGAUGGCGUAUUCUUUCUUUACUCUUUUGCGGAAAGUGCAGGAUCGUGAAAUAAACAUGUUUCUUUUGAAAGAAAAAGACGUGAUAUCAUCGAAUACCCAAUCACAAGUAUUCAAGCCGAACAUAUUUUUUUGGAAAAUAUUCGGAUGGUGGCCAGAAGUUACAUCAACCAUUUACUAUAGAUGCUACUAUAUUUCUUUUUUAUCGCUAACAUCUGUGGUGUACUUGUUCCUUUUCACAUUGAGCCUACUUUACUCUCCGAUUGAAUUGGAAAUUAUCAUUGCCCAAGCUAUGUUUUAUUUUACGGAAAUUUCUGGUCUAUCGAAGAUAUUUAUGAUAGUAAAAAGACGAGAGGACAUACAGAAGGCUUUCAAAAUGCUGGAUUCUGAGGAAUUUCAAGGAGAUGACGUGAUUCCCAGAGAAAUUAUAAACAAGAAUAAGGUUUAUUAUUUAAAAUAUUAUAGGGCUUGUGCCACAUUCUAUUACAUAGGAUCAUUUUUUCUCCUUUUCCUGCCAAUCAUUGAGUACGUAGCCGGCCAUGCGGAUUUAGAAUUGCCUCUCUGUCAGUACUAUUUUUUAUCUGAACAUGUCCGAGAUAAAUACUUCAAUGUGAUAUUUAUUUACCAAUUUUUCGGUCUGUUUGUAUUGAUAUCGGGUAACGUUAAUAUAGACACGUUUAUCUGCGGAUUGCUACUGAUGGCCAUAGCUCAGUUCAGAAUGUUGAAUUGGAAGAUGAGUAAUUUAAAAAUGAACCCACUUGAUUUGGAAAACGAGUCUGACGAUGAAGAAACUAUAAUGAUGCGAAAUCUGAAUAAAUGUUUGAAGCAUUACGAUCUAAUUUUGGAGUACUGUGAUCACAUUCAAGACGUGCUAAGUGCAGCAAUAUUUGCCCAGUAUGGGACUGCCGCAGCCACUAUGUGCCUAUCUAUGUGUACAGUUCUCAUGCCAAUGGCAAGUGAGGAUUGGUUGUUCAUGGGAUGUUACAUAGGAGCAAUGACACUAGAAAUUUUCCUUCCUGGUUUAUUAGGAGCUGAACUAAUGAAUGAGAGUCAAAAGCUAGUGGCGGCCGCGUACAGUGCCGAUUGGAUACCGCGCUCAGAGAGUUUCAAGCGCAGCCUCCGCCUCUUAGUAGAGCGCGCAAACAGACCCAUAGUAAUCACCGGCCUCAAGAUGUUCACGCUUUCUUUGGAAACCUUCACUUCGAUCAUAAAAUUGGCGUACUCGUUCUUCACGCUUCUGAAAAAUGUUCAAGAAACAGAAAUUGCAUAAUCUUCACAAUGUAGCAGCUUGAAAAUAUUACUCGCUUCAACAAAAUAUUUUUAAUCUUAAGAAAAUGUAUUCUUUUAAAUU